GGCAGAGGUAAAGGGAGAAAGAGAGACCUCGAUAAAAAUGAAAUUCACCAAGGGGGAGAGAGAACGUAGAGAAUAUUAUAGUCGAGAAUAUUAUAUCGUACCUCGGCGAUAAACUCGGCCGUUCUCGUUGAGAAAUCCUGCGUACGUCGCGUCGGCAUUAAUUAUAUUACACUUUUUACUCUGAUUUCUUGCGAAAACAUCGAAAAGCAGCCGACAAACGGUGGCGAUGGCCGAGGAAAUCUUAAAAUCGUCGCGGGAGGGAAUUCUUUUCGAUCGAGAGCAGCACUUGAGAAACGCUUAUGGCAAUUAAGAUCGCGCAUGAUUAAAUAGCAAAUGAUUAUUUACGCGGAGUUGCACGGUUGGCCGUUUAAUGCGCGUUCGGUACGAUCUCCGAUCGCGCGUACAGCAAUUUCGGUGUUAAUUAAAUGGCCGUGCGUGGGCGUUUACCGGAUCCCUCGAGAAUACGUUUUGUCAACUUUCACUCGACUCGUACUCCUCCCCUCCUCGUAUUCUUUCUCUUCUACCGUUCUAUCUUUCUCCGUUGGCCCUGGUAUCUCGAUGGACCAUAGUCCAUUCAUUUGCAUCAACAAUAAGGGGCCACGGUAUUGAAAUAAACUUUACGGAUUCGUAUCGGUCUUAAACGGGACGAAUGAUUUAAUCCUUUCUGCAGGAACCCGACCGUACCGAAAUAAGCUUCGCAAGUUUGUACCGGUUUUGCGGACGAGUCGAGUGACUCGGUACUUUCUGUCCGCGACUUCGUCGCUCUUGUAAUCGUAAAUUCGACGAUCGGUGCAGCGAGAGUACAGAAAAAAAAAAAAAAGAAAAAAAAAAAGAGAGAGAGAGAGAGAAAAAAGAAAAAAAAGAAUAAAAAAAGAAAUCUCACGCUGAGAAGAAGAGUAGGAAACGAGAACGUUCUCGUUCACGAGGGAUCGAUUUACAAAAUCGUUUCUUCGAUUUUCCUUCCCCCGUCUCCUCCCUCUCUUUUUCUCGUAGGAUUUUCGAAAGUCGGCUCUUUCCACGCUCGUGGCAAGAAAUCCGAGGUAAUUUAUGCACGAGGAAAGAAGAAGCAUCGCCCACGCGACGACGCGAAGAAAGCGAACGAAUUGCUGGCGUUAGAGAGACAAGCGAGAAAGAGAAAGAGCGAGUCUCAUUUCGGACGAUUAUCAACGUCGACUGCCCACGACUAGUUCUUCUUGGCUAAUUACCUCUAGGAUAAAGCAAGAUCGGCUUCGGAGUGUUAGUAGGAGGAGCGGGCAAGAAUCUCGAGGAUUAAAAUCGAAUUGAGCUCGAUUCAACUUGAAAAAAGGGAAAUCAUUUUCGCGCGUCUUCGGUAGGACAGAUUCGACGGGCGAAAUCGAUAAGAUCUGCCGGAAUAAAAAUCGUCAUUUAUAUCGAGAGCCGGGAGAGACCCGUAGAAAUCUUCAUUCCUUCGAAAUUGCGUCGCGCCUAUGUCGCGAGCCGUUCGGUGCCGUGCGGUGCCGGCCGGCCGUGCAGUCUCGCGCAAUGCCGUGGCGCGCCGAAGUCAAAACGUACGAAAUCGAAUAAACGUAAACGUGAUUUAUGACGCGUCCCGUUGCAAUUAACGAAGUAAAGGUGAAAUCAAUUCUCGUGCAUACGAACUUAAAUUCAGCCGGAGGAGAAAACCCGUGUGAAAUUCCAAGCGGAGUCUGCGCGACCAAGAAGCCGAGUGAAAGCGUUACGUCACGAAAAACGAUUGUUUAAAGGCUAACAAUCGACGGUUAAUGACAGACGCGAUCACUCGCGAUAGGACUCCUAGUUAAGUUCAUACGUUACAUUCAACGAAAGAGUCCCCUCGAACGAUCAAGCAGCGAGCUUAGGAAGAAGAUCUUGUUGGAUGUAUCGAUGAAUAAAGUGUCGUCGACGUCCUCGCACAUGAGCAAAUUCAUGACCAUAUAUUUCGAUAAUUUCUACGAGGUUGCGAGACGCAUAUAUCGCGUAUUCGAGAGAUCGAGGAGAUAGAGAUCUGACGAGCCGUCGACUUACAGGACCCGCUAAUCGCAGGAGCGUCGAUCUUCGUCCCCAGGGGUGGAUCGAAAGGAUCGAUUUUUUCUCCUCGACGACGAGGACGACAGGAACGUCGAGACAAGAGGAUUAUCCCUUCGAGUCCGUGUUAACGCUCGAAGCAACAUCGUGUUCGAACGGAAUGAAUUCGUCUCUCGUGAGAGCCGGAAAGUCACCGGAUCGAGAUAUCCUUCUUCGAAUCGAAGCAAGUAUAGUGCGAGUAUAAAAAGUACAAGGAAAGAACAACUUUGCGAAUCGUCCGGACGAUCAGGCAUAUCGUUUAUUUUGUUUCUCGCUCGUUGUACUCUUGACCGAUCAAAAUUAUCAAAAAGAUGGUCACCCUGGACACCGAACAGAAGCCCGAGAGGCAGCACUGCGGCCGACGCAUGUGCGCCAUUUGCAGACGCAUCAAACGUGACAAAGCGUUGAAGGUGAAGCUCAUGCUGAGGCGGCCGAUAAAUCAACUGGUUGCCCAGGGCAUUAUGCCGUCCCUGAAAACUCCGCCGGCGUUUCACGAACAACGUAAGCAACUCGAGCGGGCGAAAACCGGCGAUCUGUUGAAGGCAAAGAUCCAACAGAGACCCGGUAGAGAAGAGCUCGUGAGGCAGCAUAUACUCGAGGAUGUGGGCCACGUGGAUCCGAGCCUAGCCGAGAGACAACGGAUGCUGAAGAAGGCCAGACUAGCCGACCAAUUGAACGAUCAGCUCAGUCAUAGGCCCGGUCCGCUCGAACUUAUUCAAAAGAAUAUACUCCAUACGGAGGAACCCAUCGAGAGGGCGGUAAAAGAGGGACACAUUCCCUUCAAGGCGACGUGCGAGGGACAGGUGACGAAACCUCAGCAUCCAGAUCAUUACAUAACGUUCGAGGAUGACUCCCAAAGUUCCGGGGAAGGUGCCCCGUCGCCGCAAUUGGAGUCGCGUUCGGACGUUCUCGAAACGGCAGCUGCCUCCGCGGGAAUCGUCACGGUCUCCCUCAGCAUCCCCACGACUGGCGGUGCGGUCGUUGUCUCCUCGACGUCACCAGUUUUCCAACAAGCGUCCGGAGCGGAACCAACGAUACAGACCUUUGCCGAGCUAUGCAACACGGUCGUUGGCUCGCAACACCAGACGCAACAGGCUCAACAACACUCGUCCGCUCAGGCGAAUCAAACGAACGGGGCAUCGGGCACGCUGCUCCCACUGGCGCCGGCGUCGAGUCCCAUGUCCUUGGGAUCGACGACCUCGAGCCUUAGUCCUCUGUCGAAUAUCUCGAUAGCCUCGCCACCGGCUCCACCGCCGGCAGCCAUCACUCCUAGACCACAACCGAGUCCGAUCGCGUCCUCGGCGUGUCAGAGAAACGAUGCGCCGGGCAAGGACAAGAACAGAAAAAAAUCCAAAACCAAGAGCCAACCUAAGACGCGUACGAUCAAGUUUCACGAGUACAAAGGUCCGCCAAAUGCACAAAAGACGUCGGUUUCGUCUACGCCCCCCGGUCUCGGCUCGGCGCCGCCCGGCGAGACGAGCUACGAGCUGCUCCUGCAGCAACAACAACUAUUCCUUCAGUGGCAGCUCGAAUGGCAGCACAAGUAUCCUCAGAUUAUAUUGCCAGCCGCGCAGAAGCCGCUGUCUCUUACAAGCAGCGGUGCCAGCGAUGCCGGAAGCGUUAGCGGGAGCAGCGCGAAUGCUCCAAGUCCCGCGCCCUCGAAUUCCUCGAACAAUCCAUCCGAGCAACCACCGCUCAGGCCCUUGGGCAAGUUGGAAGACAUGAAAGUGAGCGAUCUCAAAGUCGAGUUAAAACGACGCAAUCUCCCAGUUUCGGGUUCUAAGCCUCAGUUGAUCGAACGGCUAAAGCCGUUCACGGAGUCAUCAAGCGGGAAUUCGACUUCUAACUCUAACGGACCUCACGUUACGCACAUGGGCCAUAUAUUGAUGGACACGCCCGGUCCUAUGACGUCCGACGAAUCUAGUUCACAAGCAAAGAGCCCUAGCUCAAUUGUCAAGGACGAGCCAAAUAGCCCGCGGACCGAUUCGCCUCAUGGCAGCGAACACGAGGAUCCGUCGAGCCCACCAGGAGACGAUAUCAUCAAAGAGCAAAGGAAACGGAUAGAAGAGUUGCAGCGGGAGUUGUAUAAAUCCCAACAACAACUUCAACAAAUUCGACAAACUCAGCCGGCAACUGUUCGCGCCGAGAAGCUGGUGUUGCAACAGCAUAUACAGAGCAAGAUGCAACAGCAACAAUUGGCUUUACAUCUGCAACAGUUGCAACACCUGCAGCAACAGCAGCAACAACAACAGCAACAACAGCAGCAGCAGCAACAACAACAACAACAACAGCAGCAAAAUCAUCAACAGUCUCAGCAGCAAAUGCAGCAACAACAUGCGACGUUCCAGCAUCUCAAUGCGAAAGCCAGUUUGGCUGCUUUUCUACAGACGCAGCCGAACAAUGCGACUGCCAUUCUAGAUUCCGCAGCGCUCACGGCAAUUAACAAUAAGAAAAAUCAAGCUAAGAAUAGUACCACCGUUCAAAUACCUACCGCGAUUGUUUUGAAUCUAGCCAAACCGGCCAAAUUGAACGGAUCGUUGCUCGGUGCUCUAGUCGCGCAAGCCCAAGCUCAACAACAGCAACAGCAAGCGAGCAGCACGGAGGAUGGUAAACCACCGCCGCCUCAAUACGACGAGGCAGCCAAAUUAUUGAAGGUCAAGAUAGAACCGGUUCAAAAGAGUCAUAUUAAGAGUCAAGUUGUCGACGAUGUAUUGGAAAUUCUCAUUAAAAACGGAGAACUUCCACCGAGCGCGGCACAGGAUCCGGCUACGCCUACCACCCCGAAUCGUCAGCUCCAACAGAAUUUGGUAUUUACCGCGCCAGCGGAUAGUCCAACUCAAUCUUUAGUAUUCACGGCUGCUAGUCCUAUCAGUCCAAUCAGCCCGAUGGCCAUGGAGGUCUCACAAAGCGGUUGUCCUAGUCCGUCGGCGUCGACAUCGGCAUCGACAUCGGUAUCGGCGUCUAGUUCGACUGCGGCUUCGGCGUCGGCACCGCCACCGCCUCCACCUUUACCAUUGGCAACCUUUUCCAUUCAAUUACCUACUUCGUUGCAGCAAUUACAACAACAAGAAGAUAUAUCUUCGUUCGGAACGCACCUAUUGAAUUCGGAUAAUGAUUUGGACGCAGCUAUGCUACUGAGUCCUCAAUCGGUGCAGGAGGCCUCGCCGGAUCCACAACCACCGCAAGAGGUCACAUCAUCGGAUAACGCAAACUUGGAUCUUAAAGAACUGGGAUUGGAUCUGGAAACAUUGGGUACUAUGGACUUUGGUCAACUCGACUGCGGCCUAGGAGUUAAAAUGGAAUCUUCCAACGAACUUAUGGAUAUAGCGGACAUGCCGAUGGACAUGGACGAUCCCGACUGGUUGGAUUCCUUGAUGCCUCAGUCGCCGCCCUCAUCUACGCCCAUGUCUAUUCAACAAUCGGUUGUUCCACACGUUACAUCCUUAUCCUCGGCAACGGAUAUUUACGAUCCGCUGCUGGCAAGUAGUCAGGAUCCCUUCGAUCUCUUUAACAUGGAAGAUUCGGACUUUAAGAUGUCCUCCGAACUCUCUCUAACGUGGGACAAAGUAGACUUUGCAACCUAGCCCGAGAUUCAUUCUCGAAACUCAACUUUGUGUACUUAAACGUUAACGAACAAGAGGCAUGGACUACUAAUUUUGGCACCACGUACAUUGCGUCUGGACACGAGUGUAAUGCGAAUACACACACCCACCCACCCACCUACACAGACACACACACACACACACACACGCACACGCACACGCACACGCACACGCACACGCACAUGUCGUGCAAAAAUUGUACCGAGUGGUAGGUGUCACCAUGGUAUUCGUUCUGAACGAAUCGUGGCCGAACAACGAGCCUGACACUUUGUCGAUACGCUCGAAUGGUUCGCGCCGAAGAACUUAUAUCUGAUCGUAACGAUAAGUGAACGAUUCUAAAGUGAAUCGAUCCUGAAUCGAAAGUCGAGAGAAGCAUAUCUUAGGUGGACGAUCGAGGAUCUUUUCUUACAGCGUGUACACUCCUCGGUCUUUGUCGCUAAAAAGAAACAAACAGAAAAAACAAAAGCAAAAAAAAAUAUGUCAACGCACAUAAUCGUUGUUCUUCCAUACGAUAUCACGAAUCCUAUCGCGAUAAAAAUAAUUAAAAUGAACCGCCUUACCGAGUUGGUUUCUCUAGCUAAUUGGACGCGGUUAUUUUACGAUUUCAAAACGAUAUCGGCUCUAAAUACGAGCGGAAGCAAAGACAACGAGAGACGAAUGUUUUCAAAAUUCUCCAAAGAGUCUUCUUACGACGUUUUUAGAUAUGUAGUUCGUACUCUAUCCAGUCUACGGUCGUGUGUUGCUUGAGUUUUAAUAAUCGCAAAUUAGCGUGUGUGCAAAAAAAUGCAGAAGACACGGGAAGUACUAUCUAUACGUCCUUCUCGUUUGUACUCUUUCCCUAUCCUUCUCCCUCAAAAAACUGUAAUCAAUCGUAACAAAACUGCAUAAUUACAUUUACGAGAAUUUAAUAUAAUUAAAUGAAUAAUUGUAAAGGUAUACAUACGUUAGAUAGAUACUUAUAUAUGUAAAUUAUAAUACCUUAUAUACAUACAUAUGUAUAUAUAUAUAUAUAUAUAUGUAUGUGUGUGUAUAUAUAUAUAUAUAUAUACACGCGCGCCCCUGUCUCUGAGAGUCGAACGUGUUUCUCGAAACGCACGAAUCGGUCGACUUUUAGCGGCGCAAUUGCGAUAUUUUCUAAGCCAGAGCAUGUGAUGUUAGAAGGUACACAUACUUUAAUCUGUAAUAUUAUAUGUGGAAAGUACGAAUUGCUUUGUAGUAGCAACGGGCAUGGUCCCGUUACCGAGGUCGCGGCUUGGCGCGAUUCCUUCAGCUUCUUUCCCAAAUGAUAUUUUCUCUCGCUUUUCCUUUUUCAUUUUUUUCUUCUCUUUGAUUGUUGUUGUUUUAUGACAUUCCAUGUUUCUAAACACUCAUGACAAACUAGAAUGAGAUUUCGAACCCAAAGCUGCCGGCCUCUCGUACCAGCUCGAAUCCUGAGCUCGUUCUGGGAACUUCGGUUGGCUCACGAAAAUCAAUGGUGUUUUCAUAAAAAUCAAAAACAUCUUUCUGGAAAUAGAGUAAGCUCCGAGAAUAGGUGCAACGGGUUGUUCAGCCAGAGGUUCAUUAGUCGCAUCAAUGAUGUUUUCUGAUUCCAAAUACAUUACCGUAUGAUCUCUGCUUGUGCUAUUAAUCACAUUUACUAUCUCAUUCAAUUUCUUAAUCCCGCUUUGCUUUCUCGCAUCGUUUCAAUUUAUCACAAUAGUUAUGGAAAUUAGAUGCAUCUUCUCAUUGUAUAAAAAUAAUAAACAUUAUUCCAAUCACGAGUCCUAAGAGUACCCUCUUUAAUUGAGGAUAAAGUAAAUUGCUUGCAGUUUUUAUGAUUCUAUCAUUUCGACGAGGACGAUCAAGACCGCAUUCCAAGCACUUAGAUUUAGAGAGUCCGACAUCUUUCUUGCUUAUCACGAUAGGAGGUACUUGAUAAGACCAUAUAGCGUACGUCAAAUAGAAAAUCAUCUUUGGCUGACAUUAUACAUAAUUUCGUCGAUAGUAACGUCGUUGUCGAUGGAGUUAUUUUCACGAUAUACAAACAAGUUAGGUCGUUUUUUUUACCGAAUACGUCGAAUAACUCUCAAUUGUUUUCAAAGCUCAAGCGUACUGCUACUGGCCUCGCCGAGACAAGUGCAGCUUCCUGGCGACGACGUAAAGAUACAACGGGAUCGCGCCGCUCGCCUCGGUAAUGCGGAGAGAAAGAUGAAAGUGUGAGAGGAAGAGAGAGAGAGAGAGAGAGAGAGAGAGAGAGAGAGAGAGAGAGAGAGAGAGAGAGAGAGAGAGAGAGAGAGAGAGAGAGAGUGGGUGCUGCUAUGCAUGUGUAUGGAUUUUUGAAAAGGAAAAAAAUGUAAUACGAGAAAAACGCGUGGAUGAGUGUCGAUAGGCGUGAAUGUGUACGUUGAGAAAAGAAUGUUUAAAUCUUAUCAAAGUAUAAUAAAUUAACGGUGCUAAUAGUUAUUGAAAACCCCAAAUUUUACAUCGAUCGGAUAAUAAAUUGAAAAUCGCUGCUUUUAAUCUUUCUUCCCUUAUAUUCUCGAUACGAAAAAUUAUCUAUGUCUAUACACAUAUACAUAUGUACAUGUAUACAUAAAUAUACGCUGAAAAUGAGCGAGAGAAGGGAAAGAAAGAGUAAUGGUCCAUACGUGGGAAUUCGAAAGAAAAGAAAGAGCGAAUGACGAAAAGUAUUCACUAUGAAAAAUACGUCUUGGCACUAGUAAAUGUCGUUGCCACCGUGUAACGGAGAACAGCUAACAUUCCAAUGAUUCGCUCCAAUCCAGAGAUCCUCGAACCAUCGCCAUGUUCCGCGUUAUCUGCGUUGGAUAUGAAAGCAAAAGCGUUGGAUAGGAGAAAAAAAAGAACGAAAGAAAAAAGUCCAAAAGAAAAGAAAGAAAAAUAAAAGUGCAUAGAAGCUUUAUCAUUAAUUUUUUUUUCUUUUUUUUUUUUUUUUUUUUCGAAUCGCCGCGCGAUUUUGAGAUCGAUGAAGUGGCGAUUACGCCAUUAAACUAUAAUAUAAUCAGUGCAUUUAACUAAUAAUCGUCAAACUGAUUUCAUUUGGUUGAUAUUUCUCUUCUUUCGUAGCGGACGUUACCGACAAUAGCGUCACAUCAGGAAGUUUAGAUUACAUUUUUUUGCAUUUAAAUUUACCGCACGACCAAAUUCUUCUUUUCUUGCGAGGCAAAUGGAACAUGGUAUUGGUGAAUAACGUAAAGUUGAAUGUGCCAAAUUUCCCUUGCCAUCGCGUAUAUGUAUAUUUACUUAUGUGUAACGAUCAUUGCAAUCGUCAUAAUCGUCUCGUCACUAUCGUCGCGCUAUAUCAUCAUUCGUUACUUCGCAAGGCCUAUUCGAACGAGCGAGAAUGAUUCUUUUCGUGUUGGGACGGAAAAUACAGUGAAGAAGAAGGAACGAACGAUGACUCUUGAUAAAUAAGCGGCGAGCAUUACUUUCUUUUUUUUCCUUUCUCAAUGCGUUGAUCCUUAUUCUGUAUAAAUAAUUAAUUCAAUUCAAUUUCGAAUCGUUAAUCAUGAAUCUAUCCGAUGAUCGAUUAAUUUUGUCAGGCUGUGCGAAUCUGGUAGUCCGCAUUAAAGCGUACGUGAAUCUCUUCGUAUUUGUCGUACGUGCGUCGUACGUAGACAAAAGAGAAAAUAAAAGCGUGAGCGAAAAAAUAUAAAUGUAUGAACGAUUGUGUACAGACAUUUGCUUGCUAUAGAGAUAAGUGAAAUGAGGGAGUGCGCGAAUGAGAGAACGUGUUGUAUAGCGCGCGUGUGUGCUUGUAUGUGCGCGCGCGCGCGCGCAAGAGAGAGAGAGAGAGAGAGAGAGAGAGAGAGAGAGAGAGAAAGCAAGGUAAACAGAGAAAGACCGAAAGAAAGAUCGAACGAGUAAACGAGAGGAUGCUGCAUGAAUGAUAAAUUUUGCUGUCGCAUUGAAAAACUGAAUACAAUCGAGCGAAAACAUAUUUUCUAUGCGCAUACGAAAGAAAGAUACGGAUUUUGUUAUGUAUCUUUGAAUUUAUUAUAAUAACGUACUUUUAAGUAACCGAUCACGUAAUUAUUGCUAGAGAGAGUGUUAUUUAUUUUUAUUUGUUGCAAAUUUGUCGAUUGCCUUCCAUUUGAGUAAAUAAAUAAAUAUGAAAUUA